AAGAAAGGAUAAGUGAACCUAAAUUAGUUUUUUUGCUAGGAAAAUCAGCCGGGGACAACCGAGGAAAAGUGAAAUGAACGGCAGAAGCUCGUUUUAGACUCUUUAGUUGAAUUUUCGCAUGUGAUUUUUGUGGGGUGAAUUUUUUUUGUUUGCACAUCAAACGAUCGUUAGACGUCAAUAUGAAGUGAAUUCGGGGAAGAUGUGCAUUUCAGUCAGAUCACGCCGGUACCGAUGUGUUAGCAGGUUUUAGCGCACUUGAUCUUGAAUAAUUAAACACGUCGACUUCAAGUCGGUAAAGAUGCUUCAUGAUUGUUGAAAGACUUACGAUACGCACGUGCCGUGUCACAAACUGCAAGAGCAGUCUUUGUAUGAUUGUGAGAAGCUCGCGGCACGAACACGGUAGUGACACGACUAGCCCAAUCACUGAACGAGAAUUUCCUCUCCAUCCAAUCAUACAAAUGCACGAAACACGGCACGAACCCGGCGCGGGCACGGACACACCAGGAUCACGACACUACCAGACCAAUCCAAUCGCGUUGCGCGAUAAAAAAAUCUCCCAGUCAAAAUUCUAGAAAACAUCACGUUUCUUCGCUGUUGGAACUUAUUUUCGACCUGGGUAAUCAUAUGCCAAAUUUUUUUGGCUACCACGCACAAAGUGUUUUACAGAGUCCCUGGCAUUUCGUCGUGCAUGCGCAGUAAGCAUGGCAGGGUACUAAAGUCGAGUGUGGCAUCCAAACUGUUUUUAAUUAGUCAGAUAAACUGAUGUUGGGUUACCUGUGUUAUUCUACCUUUCAUUAUAGAUCGAUGGAGCUACGACGCAUCGUCCUACUUAUCUAUUCAUCACUGUCCAUCACCUUCAUAAUCCAAUGUCACUGCGCAUGUCCUUCUUGUGAAACAGUUCAUUUCAACGCCAAUCAAAACGUCAUGUUGAACUUCGCAAUGGAAGGAAGAGAGAUUGAUUCAGAAAACGUCUCCAGCGUAUUUGAGUGCUUCAUUCGGUGCCACAAGAAUUGCCUUUGUGAGUCGUUCAAUUUUUGGCGACGUUCCCAGAGCGGGCCAGGAGGUGUGUGUGAGCUCAAUAGGGCAGAUAUACACGGAGAUCCUUCAGCUGUCAAGCCAACGAAUGGAUCACUUUUCUUUAAUCUUCAAAGACAGGUCGCUCCUGGUUGCCCAAGCUGCUCCUCUCGUUUGUCCUGUUGUUCAUCAAGUAAUCCGUGCUAUAAUGGAAGAUGCAUCGAUUCGUGUAGUGAGAUGGGUAAGCGCUACAAGUGUAAGUGCUUCCCCAACUUUUCGGGGUAUCGCUGUCAACACUUUAUGGAUAACAGCUAGAGACUUUAAAUCUGGACGUUACGAUAUUCCCGCUUGAAUAUAGUGAGCUGCCUUGGACCGGGUAUUGACAGAGAAUCUUCUUUACCAAUUUAGUUUAGUUUAGUCUAGUUUAGUUUAUUUGUCACAAUAUAAACAUAUACAUUUUAUAAAACUUGAGACAUACAAAUUUUGUGACUGACGAAGAAAACAGAACUUUCGUCCCAAUUGAUAUUUCCUCUCCUUACAACUUACAUACAGUACAAACAUGAUUAACAUUAAAAUUGACGAGGAAAAACAAUAAUAAAAAGAAAAACAUAUCAAAAUUUAAAUUCAAAAGAUUUUAAGGUGGUAAGUAAUGUUCCAUUUUGAAAGCAAAAUGGGUGGUCACAUGCACGUUCCUUAAAUUUGGAAAGGCUUACAUCACUCAUUUUCAGUGUAUUAGUAGCGAGUUCCAGUUUCUAGUUUGAUAGAUCUAGGUAGAAACGAGUUAAGGUAAUAGUCCAGUGUUUGAAGAGAUUAAGUUCUUGGAAAUCGUUUUCGUAGUAGUUUCUUGAGGCAAAAUUAGGCUGAACGGAUUUCACAAACAACUCAAACAAUUACUUCUGCGUUUCCCUCAAAAUCUUUCCGGCGUAAGUUAUUGAUUGAAUUUCGAAGAGCAAGCAAAAGUCCUCCUCCCCUCUACUUGUUUAAUCAGUCUCUUCUGUGGAAUGACAAAAUUAGCGCCUGAUAGAAGUUCGCAGUUCACUAUAGAUGGUUUAAGCCAGGAUUCAGUCACUGCAAGUAUAUCUACAUCUGCCGCAAGUGCUUUAACUCCAUCAUGUUAACAAUACUCCUAUCCUUGCGUUGAGGUACAGACAAUUUAUUUUCCUUGAAGAAUCAGCAUCAGAACUAGGAUUCACUUCAAUGUCAUGUAUGAGUUUAAUCGCAGGAUGGAAAUUUCCCACAACGUUACUAUAAUAGUUGAUAGGAGCUUUAGUUGGUUUGAUGCGAGAAUAAACGAUGACUUGCUGAAUAAGGAUGCUAAUCCAUUCCCUGUUGUAUCAUCUGAAUCUUGUAUAAUGAUGACACUCCAUAGUCUUAUCACAAGUAUUGAUAUGCAGACCCAAACGGAGCGAUGUAGAUCUUUGCCGGCUGUGAAGAUUUUGUUUAGCCCGAGGUACUUCUUUCCAUUUCAUUUUCAUGAAAUAAUCUGUUAGAUUUUAUGCACUCACUGCACUCAUCAAAACUUGCAGCUCAUGAUCAGUGUCUUGUUAUACAGGGCUUAAUAUUUUAUGUUGAUCGAAGUAUUCACUUAAGCUUCUGUUCGGUGCAGUGAUAUUGAGAGAAAUUAAAAGACACGAGAGGUGUGCACUGUAAAACUCCCAGGUAAAUUCAAACUUAAUAUUGACGAAAUCUACGCAGUAUAAACCGAAAGUUUUGGAAAUACAUUUCACCCAAAAUAAACCACUAAAACUUU